AUGGGUCCCUUUCCGCCUUCUAAUGGGAAAUUAUACAUUCUGGUGGCGGUGGAUUACGUGAGCAAGUGGGUUGAAGCACAAGCGCUCACCACUAAUGAUACUCGAUCUGUGAUCCGCUUCCUAAAAUAUACCAUAUUCCCGAGGUUUGAGGUCCCCAGAACGAUAAUAAGCGAUGAAGGCACCCACUUUGUGAAUAAGGCGCUGCAAUAUUGCCUUCAACAAUAUGGUGUCCGCCAGCAUCUGACUACUCCCUAUCAUCCACAAGCGAGCGGUCAGAACAGCCUUCAAAACUCCAAUUGGAAUGUCCCCUUAUCGGCUUGUAUAUGGAAAAGCCUGCCACCUACCUUUGGAACUCGAGCAUCGCGCGUUUGGGCCAUCAAGCAUCUCAACUUUGAUCUUCUCCCAGCACAGGAGAAGCGCGCCAAAAGAUUGCUAGAUCUGAUUGAGUUCUGUUACCUUGCAUAUGAAAGUGCUAAACUCUACAAGGAAAUGAUGAAAUUCUAUCAUGACAAGAAGUUGAAGAAGAAGGAAUUCACUGUGGGAUCCAAGGUUCUUCUAUACGACACUAGGCUCCACUUAUUCCCAGGGAAAUUGAAGUCACGGUGGACUGGGCCGUAUAUCGUCAGGCAAGUGCUGCCAAGUGGAGUCAUAAGGAUCAAUAAUUUGGAAACCCUAGGAGAAAGAAACUCCUUCCUGGUCAAUGGAGCGAGACUGAAACCCUAUAUUGAAGGGCCUGUAUUGCAGCAGGCCAGUGCAGAUGUUAAUCUGAUGGAGGUUCAGAAGCUUGUUCGAUGA